GCUCCUGAAUCACGACGUGCAGUUCUAUCAAGAGGAGAGAGGUCAAACUGCAGAGGACAUCAAGGAGGAAUAUGAGAAAAAGCUCUCUGACCUCGAGAUGAACUGGAAGGAGGUGGUGAAGGAGAAGGACUUCGAACUGCAAAGCCAGCAAGAGGAGUUGGAUCGACUCAAGGAAGCCAAUGAGGAGCUGAAGCAGAGACGGCUGUCCGACAAGUCCGGGCCCUUGCUCAAGAAGCUCGAGAAGGCUGAGUCGAUCCUGGAAGAGACGGAGGCAGAGUUGAAGCAGUCCCAGGAAGAAGCUCGGAAGUGGAGGGCGGAGCAUGGCGCCCUGCAGAAGGAGCUGUCAAUCACACGCACUGCGCUGGAAGAGCGUGAG